AUGCCGCCAAGAAAAAAGAAAAGGUCGUGUCCGUUUUCGUCAUCGAAACCGAGAGCGAAAAAGAAAUCGAAGAGCGAGUUUGACAAAGAAUGGGCCGCACAGUUGGCGGAGAGCGAUAAGGGCUCAUUUUAUCAGCAAGAGAAGUGGCUCGAGGAGUUGGAUAUUCAGAAAAGCAAAAAUGCUGCAGUUACUGAGAGUGCAAGCUGCUCCAAAAUCCAGCUUGAAGAACCAGAUGAAGAAAGCCAAUUAAGCUCAUCGACCCCAUCUGCUGAUGGAACGUGGAAAACAAUAAGCGGUCGAGCUAUCGUAUCGAGCGAAAAGCUGCUUGAGAAACUGGACGAGUCUGUAUCUUGUCGAUUUUGCCAGGGAAGAGUCCAAGUCAUGGAAAAUGUAGCGACUAAGCAUUGA